GGAUAACUAUCCCUAUGAGACACAACUGCAGUAUUUUGUAUCAAGGAAAGGAGAGUUGUCACGCAUCCCCAGCAUCAUUAUAACAGUUGGACUGUCGGCAUGAUACCUAAUCAAUAAACCAUGGCUCAGAAUGGCUCUCCCGGCCACGCGAUCAACAUUGACGCCCUGAAGUCUGUUAGUGAUAAUAAAACAAACGACAAUACGAAUAGGCCAAGAUCGAUACACCCUGAUGCCCCCUACGAACAACGGCUUUUUCAAUACACAGACAACUCUCUCCGCGAAGAGCCACGUUUCCUGAUAUUUCGAAGCCUCCAGACUCUCAACCUUUUCCGCAUGCAAUCCGACCUGGCGAAGCUCCAAAACAAGAUUUGGAAAGAUGAGGCUGCUGUGGAAGAAGACACGGGGAAACUAACAGUUCUACUUAGCAAAUAUACGAGCGCAAUCCGCGACUACGAGUACCUCAAGCACCUCACGCCAGUCACGGGAUCACAGGCCAAGCACACCCGGCGCGAUCUCGAGCUGGCCUUCGACAGCGAAGUAGGCACCGUCAUCGACGAGGCGGCCGGCUACCGGCGCUUCGCCGACCCGGACCUGCUGCCCACCGACAACCUGCGCAACUUCCUGAAGCGCUUCCUGCCGCGGUCCGUCGCGUACACGCGCGGCGAGAUGUGGCGCCGCACCGAGGAGUACCUGCGCGGCGAGCCGCCCGAGGAGGUCUCCCUCUUUGUCGACGUGCUGGCCCGCUUCCUGGUGGCCUUUCUGGGUGGCGCCAUGUUGGUGGUGCCCAUGCUGAUCAUGCGCCUGCCUGAGAUCACCGUGGUUAAGAGCCUCGUUACCGUCUCGGCUGCCGUCAUGCUGUUCGCGGGUGCGCUGUCGGUUUUGUUUCGGGCAAGUAAUACGGAUACUAUAAUUGCUACGGCGACGUAUGCCGCUGUCUUGGUUGUUUUUGUCGGUGUGUCGGGUUGA